AUGGCGCGCUGCGAGCGGCUGCGCGGCGCGGCCCUGCGCGACGUGCUGGGCCGGACGCAGGGGAUCCUGUUCGACUGCGACGGGGUGCUGUGGAACGGCGAGCGCGCCGUGCCGGGCGCCCCUGAGCUGUUGGAGCGGCUGGCGCGGGCCGGCAAGGCGGCGCUGUUCGUGAGCAACAACAGCCGGCGCGCGCGGCCCGAGCUGGCUCUGCGCUUCGCGCGCCUCGGCUUCGGGGGGCUGCGCGCCGAGCAGGUCUUCAGCUCCGCGCUGUGCGCCGCGCGCUUGCUACGCCAGCGCCUGACCGGGCCGCCGGGCGCGCCGGGCGCCGUGUUCGUGCUGGGCGGCGAGGGGCUCCGCGCCGAGCUGCGCGCCGCGGGGCUGCAUCUGGCGGGGGACCCCGGCGAGGACCCGGGCGCGGCCCCGCGCGUGCGCGCCGUGCUCGUGGGCUACGACGAGCACUUCUCCUUCGCCAAGCUGAGCGAGGCGUGCGCGCACCUGCGCGACCCCGACUGCCUCCUCGUGGCCACCGACCGCGACCCGUGGCACCCGCUCAGCGAUGGCAGCCGGACCCCCGGCACCGGGAGCCUGGCUGCUGCCGUGGAGACAGCCUCUGGCCGCCAGGCCCUGGUGGUGGGCAAGCCCAGCCCUUACAUGUUCGAGUGUAUCACCGAGCACUUCAGCGUGGACCCCGCCCGCACGCUCAUGGUGGGCGACCGCCUGGAGACCGACAUCCUCUUCGGCCACCGCUGUGGCAUGACCACCCUGCUCACGCUCACAGGCGUCUCCCGCCUGGAGGAGGCCCAGGCCUACCUGGCAUCUGGCCAGCUCGACCUCGUGCCCCAUUACUAUGUGGAGAGCAUCGCGGACUUGAUGGAGGGGUUGGAGGACUGAGCCCAUGUGACCGGCACUGCAGCCCCAUCCCUACCCCACCCUGAUCCCGUAGAUGGAGGCAAGGGGCCAAGAGCUGCAGGCUCCUGGGCCCCAUUUUCUGCAGCCUGGUGGGGUUGGGACCCAGGGAAGGCUUUAGGGCCCUCACAUCCCCUCCCAGGGGUGGCUGGGCACUCUUUGCUGUUCCAGAAGCGGUCCCCCUUCCCCCACCAGUUCGCCCUGGCCUGACCCAGCCAGGUGGCCUUAUUUCCUCCCCUGUGACCUUCCCUCUUUGAAAUCUGGGCCUUGAUGCCCACUGAAGAUUUCCCCCAACCCUGAACACUUAAUCCCCUAGCCCCUCCUGGGGCGGGGUGGGGGUGGGGGUUGCCUCUAGAGCUCUAUCUGCCCCUGGAGCCCUGGCCCUGGGUUCCUGUUGACCAAUCAGAGGCCUAGGUAACCACUAACCCUCCUGUGCCCUGAAUGGACCAAUCAGAAGGCUAAGCAAGAGUGACUCAUUGAUGGGUCUGUCCUGAGGGGUUUCAUGGGGAACCUAAAGUGACAGUGACCCUUUGAUCUUCUGAAGCCAGAGUGGACCAAUCAGAAGUCUAAGUGGCAAUGAUCCUUUCAUGUCCUUGGUCCUGAGUGAGACCAAUCAGAACACGGAGUAAUAAUGACUCAUUGGUCUCUUAGAUCCUGAGGAGAAUAAUCCAGAAGUCAGAGACAGUGGCCCCUUGACUGUCUGGAUCUGACUGGACCAGCUUGGGGUCCAGAUGUCUGUCAAUAAGUAAGGGUCCAAGGGCUGAAGACACCCCUCCUCCACAAAGAUAGUGAUCCGGGGGGCCACGCAGUGGCUCUGGGGGCUUCUGUAGUGGAGCCCCCACCCUUCCCUGAUGAUGGUACCCAGGCCAGCGUUGGUGGUGGCCACAGCUCCGGAGGGCGGGGCUUUCGUGUCCCUCCCUGUGCUGUCCGUGUUUGCUGUGCCACCUCUCCCCCACCAUGCCCACCCCCAGCUAUUUAUUUAUUUAUUAUCGUGUGCCAGUGACGGUGGGAGUGGGGGCUGGCCCUUCCCACCGCUUCCACCUCUGUUGUAACCAGUCCUCCCGUACUUAAUAAAGUGCGAGUGGAGUGUCUGUGUG